AUGGUCACAGAUCACAGUGAAGCUGUGGCCUACGCGAGCACAUCAACCGAACUGCAACAAGAGCCCAUCCACCGCCCAACCCCAUCGAUCGCCAGGAAGAGCAGCCUCAACAAACCCACACCCCCGCUGAUCAGCCGCAAAGACCUCGUGCGCAUCGGCAGCCCCCUCAGGCAUGUCACCCAGCUCGGGCCCGGCCUCUCCCCAACCGAGCCCCCGGACUCCAGACCACCAAAACCAUCCGAGGCCGACGACAACCACCUAGCCCGCCCCGCCGAAUCAUCCAGCCCACUCGUCAGCCCCACCAACCAGUCCCUGCUCUUCGGCUCACCCACCCCGCGCCGGAAAUCGACACUCAACCCGAUGGCCUCCCUCAACCAAUACCAGUUCUUCCCCCCCGAAUCCUCCAAUACCUCCGAGCCCACCACCCACUCGCUCCCUCCCGAACACAGCAAUCCAGCGCCCAUCUCGAUCAUCAGCCCCUACAGCCCCGACCUCUUCACGCCCCCCCGCUCCGCCAGCGACCCCACCCGCACCACCCACUCACGCCCCACCCACCACCACUCCUCCCCCUCCUUACUCGACCGAGCCGCCGCCGCCGCCGCCGCCGCUGCCGCCACCAGCACGACCCCCCCAUCAAGCUCGCGCAACACCAGCCCAGCAUCCACCAAGUCCAUCCCCGCCCCCAUCCUCUCCCCGCCCUCGGCACACUCCCCGCCCUCCUCAACCUACGCCUCCUCCCACCAGCAGAGAUACGCCCACCACGCCCGCAAGAUGUCCCUCGUCUCGCCCCCCACAGGCCACCCCCACCAACACCCCCCCGCCAACCCCGCCGCCCACCGCAGAAACUCGCUCAUCUUCACCCCCGGCGCUUCCUCCUCCUCCUCCUCCUCCGUGCCCAACCACCACUACAACAAAUCUGCACUCUCAGCCGCCCUCGCCAACAACUCCUCCUCUGCGCCCCCCUUCCCGCCCAUCGAAGCCAUCAAGCUCAAGAGGAUCCCCACCUCCGUCCGCAUCGCCCAGGAACUCCGCCCGCCCAACCCCAACUCGCCUGCCAGCGGCUCACCCUCCGCCCCGCCCCUCAAGACCUCCGCCUCCCCCAGGUCCUCCUUAUCCCACCAACAGGACCCGCUCGCACUCACCCCGGACUCGCUCUCCUCGCCCUCCUCUCAGCUCAACAUGCUCCACCACCACCACCACACAACCCCAGGGCUCACGCCACCCGACCCACAUCACCAACACUUCUCCACCAGCCCCGCCGAGUCCCUCUCGCGUGCCUCGAGCUCCCUGCAUCCCGGAGAGGCAUCAUCGUCCACCUGGUCCGCACCCAGUCCCGCCCUCGGCCCCGGAAGUGUGGGGCCGCCCCGGCCCUCCUCCUUCGACCCCUCGCCGGCUAACCUGGCCUCGCCGAUCGCCAUCGCCUCGCUCUCCGGAUCGACAGGCGAAGGCAGCGGGAGCGUGGGCAGCAGCAGCCACGACAGCCGGGGCCAGUCGCACUACUCGCUCUUCUCGCGUCUCUCCGCCAGCCCGGCCAGCCCAUACACCGCCGUCCAACGCGGAAUCGCUCAGAACCGGAUCACCGCCAAAGAGGCCUCGUCGAGGGACCGCUCGACGAGUCUGUUCAGUCUGGUCAGCAGCAGCGAGUACAACAGUCCUGCGUUGCCUCCACAGGGCGUGCUCCCAGCUGUCGGCGGCCCAAACGAGGGCAGCAGACACAGCGACCAGCUCAGCAUGUCCCCCUUCUCGCUCCUCGACGGCUCGACUACCGCUUCUGGCCAGCACCUCUUGCGGCCCCUCGCUAGUGCCGCCAGUGGGGGCUACCGGACCAACCCCUCCUCCUUGUCCGUCGGCACCCCGCACCACUCCAGCGUCUCCUCCACCUCUUCCCACCGCAACCCUCCGCAGAUCCCGCCCACAGCAGGACUUCCGGCCUCAGCCCAGACCGGCAAAGCUUCGGCUUCCGAGUACCGCUCCACAAGCCUCUCCGCCGCCCCCCGCUCCUCGUCCCUCACCAACAACAACAACAGCACCACCAGUCUGUCCCGCCACCUCUCCAACUCCGCCUCCCCCUCGCCCUCCUCCGCACGACGAGCCGCGCUCAGGAACCAUCGCACUUCCAUCGCCCCCGGAAGCGGGCCGUCGACGGAGGACUUCGCAAAGAUCAUCAUCCAGAGUCGGUCGGCGAAGAUCCAGAAAUGGAAGCAGCAGCAACAGACGCACCACAAGCGGCUCUUCGGCGCCUCGCCUCCGGCCCAGUCUUCGGAGCAUCUGCCGACGGCAGAGGCUGGCAGGGAGGAUCCGCGCCAGCCGAGAUUGGAGAUGCCGUUCUCGACCAUCGGCUCCUCGCUGGGCAUCGUCGAGGGCAAUCGGUUCAUGAGCCACCUCAAUCUUCCCGCCGCAGCCGGGGCUAGCAACACGGUCACCGGGCGGACGCUGUCGACUAACAACUUGAGCUGCCACGAGCUGGCCGGCGACCGCUUCCUCCCGCUGCUCUCCGCGCCCGGCGAAUCCUCCGGGGUGCCCGAACGCCCCCGGAUCCCCUCGUUCUCGGCGAAUCCGACGCUCUCGAGUAAGGUCGAGGGUAAGCGGAAGGUGAGCAGCAACAGCAGGAUCGACGAGGAGGAGGAGCGUGGGGGCUCCGGCGGCGAGCCGAACGAGGUGCCCUGCGAGCGGAGGCCGUCGUCGAUCCGGACGAUCGGCGCGGGCAAGGAGGGGGAGGGCUCAGAUGCGCCCCAGCCAGCAGGAGGAGGCCUCUUCCCGCCCCCGACAACCGACCCGAUGCGCAAGUCCGCCUCCGCCCUCACCGUGCUCUCCCUCCACCCCUCCUCGACGACCAACAGCAGUGGGCCGACCGCGCUCAGGGAGAUCGAGUGGGUCGAUUGGCUCGACGACUAUCGCCGGAUGAAGGAGGCCAAGCUCCGCGCCGAAGGAAGCCUUGCGAAUUCCGAGAGCUUGGCCGACGAGGACGUCGGCGCGAAGCCUGAUGAGACCCGCCCCGUCGAGCCCGCUGCCGGGCCGGCCGAGCCGCAGCUGCUCGAGCUGCCGUCUCAGCCAAAGAAAGACAGCCACCUCUUGUCGCCCGUCUCGGACGCCGGGUCGGACAUGCAGAUGGCGGACAGCGAGGCGGCCGACUCGCCGCGCGACGCCGGCUUCUCGAUCCCGCCGUCGCCGUCGCUUCCGGAAGGCAACCCGCACCACCACCCCUCGCGGCGGAGCAACCUGUCUCUGCUGAUCAGCAAGGGGCUCGGCGGCGGCGGCGGCGGCUCGCGACGGAGCCUGUCCCGGCCACGGCUGUCCAAGCAUCUCACCGGCUCCCAGGCCGACCUCAGCCACCCCUCCUCCGUCCCGCCCUCCUCCUCCUUCCCCGCCUCCCACUCCAGCUCGAGCAUCCCCCUCGUCGGCCACCCUCCCGCAGCCGGCCCGGGCAAAACCAAGAAGAACUUCACCCUCGGAAAGAAGAUCGACGAUUGGUGGAACGCCGUCCGCUCCAGCUUCACCCUCAACCCCGACGACCGGAGCAACCUCGCCAACGCCAACGCCGCCGCCGCCAGCAGCAGCAGCAGCGAUGCCAGCCGCUCCAGCUACCGGCCCAACCCCGUCUCCCGCCUCCCCUCGGCCUCGGCGGCCGAGAGCCCGGCACAGUCGACUAGCCCGGCCAUCAAUCCCGAGAUCCGCGCCGUCGCCUCGCUCUCUGACCUGGCAGCCCGGCCCCCUGUUCCUCUCUCGACGCCCCCGGUGUGCGUCCGGCCGGCCGACAGCCUCCGCUCGGUGCCCUCCGGCGCCCUGGCCCCGGUGCCCGUCGGCUCCCGCGCCGGAACCCCCGACCCGCUGCUCCGGCUGCCCCCGCACGACCAGCGCCGGCGCAACCCCCAGCUCACACUCAAGCUCAACCGGCUCUCGGCCGCCGAGCUCUCCAGCGUCUUCGGCACCGCCAACGAGCACGAGUCCUCCCAUUCUUCCGCCCGCUCGUCCGAUCACCACCUCGCCCACCUCCCCCUCCCCGACGCCGCCCCAACCCAACAGCCACAGCCACAGCCACAGCCACCGCCCCAGAGCAAUACCUUCCUCGUCGACAUCACCCGCCCCGAGCCGACGCCGGUCCUCAGUCCCACCGGCAAACGACUGUGGGACUCCACCCCCGGGCUGGUCCUCGGCGACCCCUUCAUGGCCACCAGCAGCAGCUCGGCGACAAGCCAGAGCGUCCACCCCUCGACCGCUAAGGCUCCCCCCCACCACGAGCUCGGCCUGCUCCCCUCGGAAGUCGGCUCCACGAGUGCCGGCUCGUCCACCCGCCCGAUCCCUGCCCGCUCCGAGAGCAUUGCCAGCACCCAACCCCACGACGCCAGCAGCAAGCCCCACCCCGGCAGUGCUGCUGCCGACCAGCACAAGUACCAGCCCUCGUUCUCCAUGCACACCAUCCGCCAGCACAUCAAGCACCGGCUCUCGACCGCCAAGACCGUCUGCGACAACUCGCUCAAAGCCAUCGUCCUCGAGAUCACCACCUACGUCGAGAAGGAGGCCCAGAACCUGCGCGAGAUCGACCGCGUCCAGCUCGAGCUCGCCCUCGUCUCCGAGGCCGUCCAGCAGCACCCCCCCGCAGCAGCCUCCUGGCUCUCCUCCGCCCCCGACGCCGCCCCCGGGCUCCACCAUGAGGCCCUCGCCUUGGAGCCCAACCCGGAGCUCGUCAGCCUGCCCAUCGACCGGCCCUUCCGGACCGUCGCAGCCACCACCACGCCCGCGGGCUCGCCGCGCCAGCCGCUCAACCGCGCCCUCUCCAUCCCCACCGACUUCGACCUCGGCCCCUCCGCCGCCCUCGCUUCCUCUAGCCCGCUCCACCACCACCACCGCUCGAUCUCCGUCAACCCGCUCGACCUCUCCGAGUCCCCCUCGUCCUCGUCUUUGCCCAUCGCCGGCUCGCUCAGCAGACGCGGCUCGCGCACCGGCCGCGGCCCCCACUCGUCGGGCUCCGUCUCCUCGUCCGUCGCCGUCGUCGCCCCCGGAGGAAUCAAGCCGCCCCGGAACAUCCGCAGACCCUCGUUCGUCCACCGGCGCGGCGGCGGGAUCGUCGCUGCUACUGCCGGGGGGCCUGCUGGCCCGUCGCACAUCGCCAGGGCGCUCGACUCGCCCGUCCGCACCGGCUCGAGGAGCGUCAGCAUCUCCACCCAGCCCUCGGAGUCGUCCGCCGUCGAGGCCAGCUCCAGGUCCACGUCCCGUUCCCGCUCGCCACUGCCGCGGAUGCGCGGACACCGGCCCUCGUCGAGCUCCCACCAUCGCUCCUCUCCCCGGCCCACCCCCGACCUCUCCCUGCCCGCGACACUCUCCGGGACCGGCUAUCCCAUGGCCAGCGACGAGAAGUUCUACGCCUCCCCCUUCGUCGCCGCCCUCCAGGAGAUCUCCUCGAUCGCCACCGAGAUCCUCGACUCCCCCGCCGGCCAACUCGCCGCUAAGUCCCACGCCUGUGUCGACAUCAUCCAUCGCGUACAAGUCGUUGGGAAGGCGUGGGACGAGCAUGAUGAGUGGCCCCAUCGUGCGUGGUACGUUCGGGUGUUGUUGGCCGUCGCCGGGCUCAGUCGGGUCCUCGAAUGGUGGGACGCCGAGAAAGGCUUCUGGAACUUCGCGCCCGACGACGAGGACGACGACGACGGCGAGGAAAUCUGUUUCUUUGCCACCCGCGUCGAGUCUGCGGCGCCCUCUGGAGGAACCCCGCAGGGCUUGGGCCAAGCCAGUGGAGGCCAAGGGGGUGGAGGCCAAGCGAGUGGAUGCAUCGAUGUGGUGGGGACGCCCCAAGCGUCUGCGGACGGCGUCGCUAACACGCCGCUGACGACCGCUAGUGAGGACAGGCCUUCGCAGGGCCGGCAGCUCUUCGAUUCCUUCGCGCUGCCGCCCCCGGCCACCGACGUCGACCGGGAGAUCGAGAAGCUCGGCCCGAUCCCCGAGCGAGACGCCAGCAAAGCCGCCUCCGUCGCCUCCGACCGAGUUCACACCCAGCCUGCUAACUCCCCCGCCCCGCCUGCGCCCCAGAACCUCGAUAAGGACUUCACCAAGUCCAUCGAACUCGCUCGCACUGAAACUAUCCUGGCUGAAGUCUCCCUGGAGAACGCGGUCAUCCUCUAUCUCAGUCCUGGCUGGACUAAGGUCACAGGAUUGGAUCCUCAGUCGGUGAUUGGGACCCCGCUGGGCGAGCUUAUUGAUGGCAACUACGAGCUGUUCAACGAGGCCAACCGGCGGCUGAUGGAGGAUGUGGGCAACACGGUUGAGCUGCAGUUCACGAUCAAGAUCUCGCUGGCGAGCAGUGACCAGGAGGGCGAUUCGAGCCGGUCGAUGACCACCCGGGACCAUUUCCUGCCGAUGACGGCCAAGGGCAUGCUGAUGGUCGACCGGAUCACCGGCGAGGGCGUCCAUUCGAUGUGGGUCAUUCGGCUCAACUCGCACAAGAAACAGGCCGUGCCCGUCGGCACGACGAUGGAGAACAAGGGCUCCCACCACACCCGCUCCCACAGCGACCCCGCCGUCGCCCAGUUCCCUGCCCCCGCACCACUCUCCACCGAGCCCUUGCUCUGUCGGAUCUGCGAACACACCCUGCCCGCAUACUACUUCGAGAGACACAACGAGACCUGCGCCGAGACCCAUCGCCUGGAGAUGCAGGUCAGCGAGUGCAACGAUCGGCUGACCGAUCUGCGCGACAUCAUCAACGAGUUGCGCGCCAAUCUCGAGCCCAACGGCAGCACUCCUGCGCUCUCCUACGCCAACUUGCCCCUCCAAACCUGCGGCCCCUCCCUGCCCUCCUCCGUCCUCAGCCCGCUCAACCCCGGCCGGGCCUCCCUGGCGUCCUCCUCGCCCCACCACCACUCCUGGCGCGCCAAUGUCAAAGGCAUCCUUGAGGAGGUCGGCGAGCUGCUGAACACCGCCCUGGACAUCUCGACGCCGUCGUCCAACGAGGAUGUCGGCGAACAGGCGAUCGAGACCCUGCGUCUCCUGUCGCCCACCUCGGAGAACAAGCUGGCCAGCGUGGCCAAAUGGUCCCUGCGCAGGUACGACGACCCGGCGCUGGCCAAUCUGGCGGCAGAUGUCGAGCGGGCGGCGCACCAGAAAUGCAACGCGGUGACCCGGAUGCGGAACACGAUCCUGUAUGCGGAGCGGAUCCGGAUGGAGUGGGAGGCCAAGGCGCAGCAUGCGUUCAUGGCCCUGCCCAAGCAUCUGGACGGCGACGACUGCUCGCCGGCAUGCAUGUCCCCGAUCAUGUGCGACGAGAUCGACCGGCCGAGGUCGGCGCCCCAGAAGGCCGACUCCAUCGUCCUCCUCCCCGAGCUCUUCCAGCCCAACCGGCCCCGGCGGAGAUCCUCGAUCCCCACCCUCUCCGGGCCCGCCAAGUCCAGCCCCGCCGCCCGCCUGGCACCCAUCGACAUCAAGGCCAUCGAGGCUAAGGGGUUGGGCAUCGCCUCCGCCGGCCAGUCCUUCUCGGGCAUCGGCACCCCGCCCCGCUCCCCGCGCCACCCCGUGAGCUUCCCGCAACAGGCCCACGCCCGUCGGCCGUCCCAGCAACGCCCGGGAGGAGGAGGUGGAGGUGGUGGUGGAGGUGGAGGUGGAGGCUCGCUGGGCCCGACGCCGUUGUCCCCCCGGAUCCCCUCGGCCGUCCCAGGGAAAUCCAAGUCGGCAGCAUCGAUCAAGGACUUCGACAUGUUGAAGCCGAUCAGUAAGGGGGCCUUCGGGCAGGUUUGGCUGGCUAAGAAGAAGACGACGGGCGACUACUACGCGAUCAAGAUCCUGAAGAAACAGGACAUGAUCGCCAAGAACCAGAUCAUGAACGUCAAGUCCGAGCGCAAGAUCCUCAUGAACCAGGCCGACUCCUCCUUCGUCGUCAAGCUCUUCUACACCUUCUCCUCCAGAGACCAUCUUUACCUCGUCAUGGAAUACCUCAAUGGCGGCGACUGCGCCGCGCUCGUCAAGGCGCUCGGUAACCUCCCUGAGCAGUGGACUCGCAAUUACGUCGCCGAGGUCGUCAUGGGCUUGGAGUAUCUCCAUUCUACGGGCGUCGUCCAUCGGGACUUGAAGCCGGACAACCUGCUGAUCGACCAUCGCGGCCACCUGAAGCUCACCGACUUCGGGCUCUCGAAGAUCGGCCUGCUAGGUCGGCAGGCGGCCGAGCCGCGCGGGCCGAUGAGUCUGUCGAGCAGCGCGCGCGACGCAGGGUCGUCGGUGGUGGACAAGCGCAAGCUGUUCAACCGGACCGCCCAGCCGUCCGCCGCGUCGACCCCGGAUCUGUCCCCGCUAGCCCAGGCCUCGUCGUACUUCUCCGCCCGCGCCGAGCCGAGGCCUUCCAAUCCGCUCGUCCCCCACGAGCUUCUGCUCGAGGGAACCGCCACGCCCACCAGCGAAUCGUCCAAGGACUCCGACUCUCGGCCCCCCAGAAUCCCCGCUAAACCCGGCCUCGUCCCCGCCCCCUCCUCCCUCACUCACUCCGCUAGGAAUAACGUCCCCUCGGACGCCGGCCAUAAACACUUCGUUGGCACCCCCGAUUACUUGGCCCCCGAAAGCAUCCUGGGUAUCGGGAUGGACGAAAUGGUCGAUUGGUGGGCUUUGGGCGUGGUUUGUUAUGAGUUUCUGUAUGGGAUCCCGCCGUUCCACGACGAGACGCCGGACAAAGUAUUCGACAACAUCUUAUCGCGGCGACUGGAGUGGCCAGAGUCGGACGACGACAUCUCUCCGGAGGCAAUUGACUUCAUGAGCCGGUUGAUGUGCACGGAUCCGAAGGCCCGGCUGGGUGCGCAGGGCGCGGCGGAGGUGAAGGCCCAUCCGUUCCUGGCGGACAUCGACUGGACGAACCUGUUCAAGAACGAGGCCUCCUUCGUGCCCUCGGUCACCGACCCGGAAUCGACGGACUACUUCGACCCGCGCGGCGCCGCCCAGGUCUUCCACGACGAGGAAGAGACCCCCGUCCACCAUCCCCCCACCACCACCACCACCAGCAACAACACGACGACGAGCCUCUCCGGCUUCCAGUUCCGCAGCCUCGCCGCCCUCCAAUCCUCCGCCUCCACUGCGCCCGACCUCAAAGGCUCCCCGCACGCCCGCAGCGCUAGACCCUCCGACGACUUCGGCACCUUCAACUUCAAGAACCUCCCCGUCCUCGAACGCGCGAACGAGGAAGUCAUCCGCAGACUCAAGGUGGGCCAGAACGGCGAGGCACGCGGCAAGUAUCCCCGCCAUCUGCCGCUAGGAGGCAAGAUUGUGGGGCUGGCGUCGCCGACCGAGUCUACCGGCUCAUCGGCGCCCUCCUCGUCGCGGCCGCCCGUAGUCGCCGGGCAGCCGUCCCCGCACACCCGUCGGCCGUCGGAGCAAUUCAGCCGGCUGGUCUCGCCGGGCACCUUGGACGACCCGUCGCGCCGGAACAGCAUGCCUUCGCGGAUGCGACGCGCCUCGUUCUCGGGCACCGACGCGCUGCCCCCUCUGCCCUCUUCCAUGGUCGCCGUCCCUGCCGGCCCGGCCGACGGCAGUGGUGGUGCGGGGAGGAGGAGCAGGACCGGGUCGGUGCUCGGCCAUCUCCCCGCCGCCGCCCGCUUCGCGCCCUCCGUCUCCGCCCACAGCUCCCCCGGAAACCCGCUCAAGCUCCUGCCCCACUCCGACCCCCACCACCCCGCCCCUCUCGGCCUCCUCUCCGCCUCCCCCGCGCCCCGCAGUCUGCCGCCCUUGCAGGAACGCACCGUCGACUGUCUCAUCGCCGAGGACAACCCCAUCAGCUCCAAGGUGCUCGAGACUAUCCUCGUCCGGUUCGGAUGUCGCUGCGUGGUCGUGCCGAAUGGCGAGGACGCGAUCAGUUGCGCCAUGGGCGACGUGGCCUUCGACGUGAUCUUCAUGGACCUGAUGAUGCCCCUCAGUCAGUCCCCCCUGCCCCCCUCUAUGUACAGAUAG